AUGGGAAUCUUUUUCGGCAAGACGGUGUCUUCGCCUGGAGAAGUAGCGAUCGGGAUGUUCUUUGCCAUCCUUGGACUCACUCUUUUCGUGGACUCUCUACGUGUCGUUGUCAUGCCGCUGAGUGAGCAGCUGGGGACUGAGCUGCCCAAGUCGCUUCCGCUUCCUGCGGUCCUCGCGUCAACCUGCUUCUUAGGGAUUCUUGUCACCUACGCUGAGCCUGCGAUCACUUCCCUCCGCCCGCUCGCACGGCUGGUCGAUCCCGAGGUGGCUCCCUACCUGUACUGCGCUCUCAUGGAGAAGCAAGAGCUGCUGGUCUUCUGCAUUGGUCUGGGGGUUGGGCUUGCAGCCAUGUUGGGAACUCUGCGUUUCGUCAGGGGUUGGUCAUUGAAGCCGAUGAUCGCCCUGCUAAUGGGCCCGACCCUCCUGUGUGCUGGUUACAUGUGGUGGGGAGAUAAAGAACUCCGUCCUCUUCUGGGCUUAGCUUGGGACUGCGGUGCUGUCACGACAGGACCUGUUACAGUUCCAGUGCUCCUUGCGUUAGGUAUUGGAGUGAUGAAGACGCAGCGAGAAAAGCGCCGAGAACGGUUUGGUAUUGUGACUCUGGCAUCAUUGCUGCCUGUCUUGGCUGUUGAAUUACUUGCGAUCGGCCUCAAGAUGCAAUACACUCAUGAAGACAUCAUCAACAUGAGGCCUCCGCCUAUCGACACAUCUGAUCCACUGGAGAUCACUCCUGUUCGAGAAAUUUACUACGCAGUGAGGGCAAUCCUACCUCUCAACAUCUCUCUGGUUCUUCUUGUGUUGGUCGUUCUCAGGAAGCCUCUACCAGAGUUCACCUACUACCUUCCUGUAGAGGUGGGCAUGGCGAUGUUCAAUCUUGGUCUCAACUUCGGGUUCACGUCGAUCGGAGAUCAGGUUGGUACUCUCCUUCCAGCCGCAUUCAUCGACACGCAGCAAGAAGAAGGCUCGCCGUAUUACUCUUUUGGUGUGGGGGUCACGAUAGCGCUGGGAACCAUGUUCAUGUUGGGUGUGGCAGCCACAAGAGCAGAGCCAGCGCUCAACGUUGUCGGAGCUACUGUUGAGAAGAUGACCAAGGGGGCCUUCACGAAGAAGAUGUUGAUUUAUGCCGUGUGCUUCGGAGUCGGGACAGGCAUGGCAGUGGGAGCGACAAAAAUUCUCUUUGGGGCAGGUUUGAUCUGGUUCAUUCUCCUCAAGUACGCAGUGGCUCUUUUCCUCACGUCCUUCACUCAUGAAGAUUUCAUCAACAUCGCUUGGGAUUCGGCGGGAGUGACGACAGGCCCCGUCACUGUCCCUUUCGUGCUGUCAACAGGUAUCGGAUGCAGUAAAGCCGUGCAGGCCUCUGAAGGCUUCGGCAUCCUCGCGUGCGCCUCUGUGUGGCCGAUCAUCACGGUGAGCUCCGGCGCUUCUUCCUCCUCCACCUGA